AUGCGGCGGCGAGGCAGGAAAGGUGGGGAUUUUUUGUCUGUGAGUUUGUCAAUAAAGGGGAGAGAAGAAGAUGGACAUGAAGGGAAUGUUGGGGAGUCUAUAGAGGGUCUGGGGCAAAAUGGGGCUGAGAAAAUUUUGGAUGAGGAGGAGGUUGAAGUGAAGAGAUCAGGUACUUCAGCUGCUUUGAAUACAACUAAACAUCUCUGGGCUGGUGUUGUGGCUGCUAUGGUUUCAAGAACUUUUGUAGCACCCCUUGAGAGGCUGAAGCUGGAGUACAUUGUUCGUGGUGAACAGAAAAAUCUUUUGGAGGUCAUAAAGGCAAUUGCGGCAACACAAGGGCUGAAAGGUUUUUGGAAAGGAAACUUUGUCAAUAUUCUUCGUACUGCUCCAUUUAAGUCCAUCAAUUUCUAUACUUAUGAUACAUACAGAAAUCAGCUGCUGAAAUUGUCUGGGAAUGAGGAAACCACAAAUUUUGAGAGGUUCCUUGCUGGGGCAGCAGCUGGAAUAACUGCUACUUUGCUUUGCUUGCCUAUGGACACUAUAAGAACAAAGAUGGUUGCACCUGGUGGGGAAGUUUUGGGUGGUGUAAUUGGCACUUUCCGCCACAUGAUCCAGACAGAAGGGUUCUCUUCUCUUUAUAAGGGUUUACUACCCUCGUUAGUGGCAAUGGCUCCUUCAGGUGCAGUUUACUAUGGUGUUUAUGAUAUGCUAAAAUCAGCUUAUCUUCAUUCACCGGAAGGGAUGAAGAGAAUUCAGAACAUCAAACAAGAAGGCCAGGAACUGAAUGCAUUGGAACAACUGGAGUUGGGUCCCAUGAGAACAUUGCUUUAUGGGGCAAUAGCUGGUUGUUGCUCUGAAGCUGCAACGUAUCCAUUUGAAGUUGUGAGGAGACAGCUUCAAAUGCAAGUUCGAUCAACAAAGAUGAGUGCGAUGGCAACUUGCAUAAAGAUAGUUGACCAAGGAGGCAUUCCCGCUCUGUAUGCAGGUUUAAUCCCUAGCUUGUUGCAGGUUUUGCCAUCCGCUGCUAUAAGUUACUUUGUCUACGAGUUCAUGAAGAUAGUGCUUAAAGUCGAGUCAACAUAG